AUGAGGGACCACAUCCUCAGCGACCCGUCUUCCCCACCACUGAAGGCGAACGCGCCACUCAUGGUGGCUGCAAGUGCCGUGACGCCGCAAGAGUGCCCCUUGAGACGACCGAGGCAUUCCAGUGUCACACCGUCCCACUUGGCGAUUGUACAAUCUGUUGAUGCAGUGAGGAAAACCGAUCCACGAGGAAAUCCGACCACCUCGUCUGGUCGAUGUGCAGUUGGCAUGGUCACCAAUAGCAUAGAUGUUAUAGCCGCCGUAUGCGCUCGUGUCUCUUGGCAUUCCAGCAAGGUCACUGCAUCGAACACUCGUAGCAUCCCGUCGGAGAGACCGACCACGACGCGGUUACGUCCAAUCUGA